CCAAUCGUGUCACACAAAAUAAUCUCCGAAGUGUUGGUUAGCUUUGUAAAAUAUUUCUAGUGGUUUAGCAGAGGUUAUAUCCAAACUUACGCAUUUAGACACUGCAAGGGAAUCUCUUUCUGAAUAUCAUGGGAGUAAGCUACUGAUGUAAAUGGUGAUUUCAGCUUUGUUCUUUCAAGAAGUAUCUUUGAGUAACCAUCAGCUAGCCAUUUCUGUCCUAACGUUACGAGACUGUUGAGUCAAAUAUGAUCGACGACUUUGAAAGCAAGGGUUCACGGUCCAGCGGCGAGCUGUGGUCCGAAAUCUGCUCUAAUUUACCUGAGCCUCAAGAAGAGGUCAAAGAGGACCAAGAUGAGAAAGCUCAAUUUACAGAUUCUUUCCAACCCUCGGCACAGAAUGGCACCCAAGGGAAUGGAAUUUGUUCAAUGGAUACCUUCAGUCCAUGGGAACCUAUGGCUGAUUCUGAUAUCUACAUUGCCAGUUUAGAAAAUCGUUUGAAAAGAAUCAAGGGCCAGGCAAGUGAGGUUACCUCAAGAGAGAUGCUGCGGUCUCUUUCACAAGCAAAAAAGGAAUGUUGGGACCGAUUCCUGCAUGAUCCUCAGACUUCAGAACUGUUCCAGAAUGGAGGGGAUAUGGAUGAGGGUGCUUUGGAGCAUUUUAAGAGAUGGCUGAUCCCUGAGAAGGUGGCCAUCAGUGCAGAGGAGCUGGAGUACUUGCUGCGACCAUCUCAAACUCAAGAGCAAGCAGGUGGAGACCAUUCUCACAGCGAGGCCGAGGAAGAACAAGAGGACAAUGGGCAAACGGAUGAGGCCGCAAGUCCAGAGAAAUAGAUUUGGUCUUUUCAGCAUCAGCCAUUUUAAUUACCAGGUUAACAGUUUAACCUCUGUGUGCAGUGGUGGCAUUGCUGGGUACCAUCUUGACUGACUUUGAGGAUAUAGGAGAUGAUUCCAUCACAGACACAUUUCAAUGAUUAGAUGUGUGUCUCAUUCCCUCAUGUGUAUCCAUACAUGGUGUUAAUGCUCUUUGUCAGCAAAUAAGGGUUUAAAAGGCCAUUAACUGAGCCAAUCUUCCCCGUUAAGACCGUUUAAGGUUAUUAUUCUGUGAGAAAUGAUGUACUCCCUGUUAAAUGUCAGGUUUGUAUGAUAUAGUAAUGUUUGUUUUUAUCACUGCAGUUGAUGCAGUUAUGCACAAUUCCUUUAAAUGUCAUACAUGUCAGUGGUUCAUGCAUUUAGCUUGUAAUUGUAAAUCUGCAAGACCAUGUUGGGAUCAUUAUGUCAGCUUUGAUGUCUGUAUAUUAUGGAUGUCAUGAACUUUUGUUUUAUAUUUGAGUAUUAAAAUCACUUGGAAGAGUACAUUUGUUGAAGGAAAAACAGUUGUGAAUGCGGUAAUGUUAGGUCUUCUUGGCUGAAUUAACCUACAGAGGGCAAGCCUACUGCAAGUGAACUUAAUUUGAUAAAUAUUCAUGCUUGCCACUAGAGGUCAGCGUUGUGCAAUAUUAACAUGUAAAGUACCUGACACCUGUUCACUUUCUAGACAAUGCAUUCAUCAGCAAAUUAUUUGGGGUUACACAGCAAGAGUCUAGCUAGCUAAAAGGUGAUUAGUGUUACUGUCCUUAGAAGCCCGUGUUGUCAUUUUUAUUUACCAAUGGUAUUCCGUCAAGCAGAGCUAGAGCAUUAUCAAGUGAGGCCAAUAAACACGUAACGCUUGUGUAUUCUGAA